AUGGAGGUUUCAAAGAAUUAUGGCCACCAACAUCCACUCGUGUUGUUGAAUGAAGAGCAGCUGAUGAGCAAUCCAAGUGGAACAAUACUAGCUGAUGAGCAAUCCAAGUGGACGACUUCCCUAACAACUCCCUUACAGGAUAUGCCAAGAAACACAAAGGACAUGAUUAGUUUAUUAUUGAUUGUGUCUGCUCCAUGUUUUGGCUGUGCCGAAGACUGUGGGUUUUACGUCCACAAGAUAUACGCCGAGGCACCUUCGGAGCUCAAUCACCCUUUCCAUCAGCAACAUCCUCUUGUUCUUCUGCAAAAUCCACCGUCUACAUACACAUGGUACGCUUGCUAUUUCUGUGGCCAAAGAUGUGAGAAAUUCGUUUAUCAUUGCUCCCCUUGCAAUUUGGGAUUUCAUAUUAAAUGUGCUUGGUUUACAUUUAAUAUUGCUCAAAAUAAUUUGAAAGAGCUUGAGCAUGUUCCCCUCGAACCUCCAAUGAUUUCCACUAAUAAAGAUGAUGAGCAACUUGAAAAUGUUCCCGAGUGCUUCGCCUGCUGGGAACCAUUAGCAAAUUAUACAUACUUCUCUCCUCAUUGUGGAUUUAAUCUACAUCAGAAAUGUGCUGAGCUUCCUCUCAGACUGAAUCAUAUAUGCCAUCGCAAACAUCCGCUUCUUUUACAAUUUAAUAGCGAUGGGCUCUCUUGCAAGAUAUGCCAAGAAACCCCAGGAAGAGGAUUUCCUUAUGUUUGUUCAUCUCGUAAGUUUGUUGUUCAUUUUGAAUGUUUAUCGUUACAUCUUGCUCCUGUUAUCAAAGAUGAACGUCAUGAACACCCAUUCAGUUUGUUUCCGAGACGAGCACCUUUCGUCUGUGAUGCAUGUGGUACUGAAGGAACUUACUCUGCUUAUAUAUGUUGUGAAUGCAACAUUAUAGUGCAUAAAAAGUGUACCUCAUUGCCAAGCAUCAUCAAGAGCAAGUGGCAUGAUCAUGCUAUCUUCCACAACUAUUUCCUUCCUGAUGAUUUUGGAAGCUCAGACUGCAUUAUUUGUCAUGACGCGGUAAGUCCAGAGCAUGGGAGUUGUUGUUGCUCAUAUUGCAGUAUUACAUUCCAUGUUCGUUGUGUGACGGAGGAAGCGAGUUCAUAUUAUAUACUUUCACGUGAAGAAGCAUAUAAGAUAUCAGAUGAAAGUUCCGUCACUUGUGUUUUGGAGAGGAACGAUGCUGGACAAACUACAUAUAUUCAACAUUUCAAGCAUACGCAUAAUCUUCAAUUAAGUGCUUAUGUUGGAGGGUACGAAAACAACUGCGAUGGGUGUAUGUUACCGAUAUCGAAUCCAUUUUACUGUUGUUCACAAUGCCAGUUUUUUAUUCAUAACGCUUGUGCCGAGUUACCGAAGAAGAAGCAUGAGUGGCACUAUAAAUGCCGGCAACAACUACAAGAUGUUUCUCACUUUACAAGUCAUGUUUAUUAUUAA